AACUCUGCGUUGCCACAUGCUGGUGGUGGCGGUGGUGGUACCGGAGGUGGCGGCGGCGGCGGUGGCAUGCCCAGCUCACCGCUCAGUAGCUCACCGUCCAGCGUUACAGUCGCCUCGACAGCAGCCACACUCAAUGGCAACAGCAACAGCAAUAGCAUCCCCAACGAUGGCAACGUAUCAGGCAACACAUCACCCAUUGCUAGCGGCGAGCCGUUGCUGCAAACGCCACCAGCAGUACAGCAACAACAGCAACAACAGCAACAACAACAACAGCAGCAACAACAGCAGCAACAACAACUGCAACAACAACAGCAACAACAACAACAGCUCAUUUUAAGCAGCAGUCCCACAGCAGCAACUUCAGUGACCGCCAGCUCCAUAGCCUCGGGCACCUUGGCCGCAACGAGCAGCAGCAUGUCCACAGGACUACUGCCCACCGCCGGACUGGAUAGUAAUGCCAAUUGUGGUGUGCCCGCAAGCACUUCUCAGGUGAUUGCGCAUCUAAACGCAGUCAGUGGCAUUAUGACAGCGACCGUGCAGUCACCCAAUGUGGUCACUAGUCUAAGCAGCGCUCUAGUCCCGGCACAGUCGGUCUCCUCAUCGGUGGCUGCCGCCGUAGCCGCCGCUGCCUCGUUGGAUGCCAAAAGUCAACCGAAACGCUUACACGUCUCCAAUAUACCGUUUCGCUUCCGGGAUCCCGAUCUGCGUGCCAUGUUUGGGCAAUUUGGCAACAUUUUGGACGUGGAAAUCAUCUUCAAUGAACGUGGCAGCAAGGGAUUCGGUUUUGUAACAUUCGCUAACAGCAACGAUGCAGAACGAGCACGCGAACGUCUACACGGCACCGUGGUUGAGGGACGCAAAAUCGAGGUGAAUAACGCCACUGCACGUGUACAAACCAAAAAAGUGACAGCAGUACCCAACGUUGUACUGACCAAAGACGGUGCCCUACCGGCUCCAGCUCUAGUUUGCGUUCAAUGGCCUGAAGCCGCCGUAGCCGCCGCCGCUGCCAUGCGUGGAGUUGCCAUACAACGUGGACACGUGGGCGUGGUCGGUGCCACACCCUUCCAUCAUCCCCAUCAUCCGCACCAUCAUCAGGCGCUGGUUGCCGCCGCCCAGCAGCAACAGCAACGUCAAGUGGCCGCCGCUGCCGUGGCCGCAGCAGCCGCCCAACAGCAGCAGCAUCAGCAACAACAGCAACAGCAGCAUCAGCAGCAGCAGCAACAACAACAGCAACAACAACAACAGCAGCAACAACAGCAACAACAUGCGGCAGUAGCCGCUGCCGCCGCUGCCCAGCACUCACAACACGCCGCUGCCGCCGCCGCCGCCGCCGCUCACGCACAUCCGCAUGCACAUGCGCAUGCUCUCGCCCCCCAGCUAACCCAGCUGCAGCCGACGCUCCAGGCGGUCGCCGUGCCCACUGCCGCUGGUAGUGCUGCGGCUGCUGCCGCUCAGCAACACUCGGCGCUGCAGCAAUCGCUGGCAGCUGCCGCAGCUGCACAAAAUUCGGGCGUGGCAGGCAAUGCGAACGCUGCUGCCGCCGCUGCGUAUGCGGCACGGCUCUCCGCUGCCACGGCUUCCCAAACGCCGGCCGCUGCUGCUGCGGCUGCUGCUUCCAUGGCAGCGUCGGCUAAUGCGGCCAACAGCGCUUUGCAUGGAUUUGCGCCCGUAUACUAUGAUCCCUUCUUAGCAGCCGCUGCUUCCGCUGAUCCAAAUCUACGCUUCCAGGCCACUGCUCCGCUGUUAAAGACACCCCUGUCUCAGGCCCAGCAGCAGGCGUACGCCACGGCGGCCACCACCUACACGGCGGUCGCUGCCCGGGCCGCCUAUGGCGCCGCUGCAGCAGCAGCCGCCCAACCAGCACUCGCUGGCUAUGCCACCGUAGCGGGGUAA